UGGACAGCAAUCUAAACUCGGAUGCACUGGCCAGGUAGACAGGAAAAGCUCCGCGAACAUUUGAAUUUCAUUUCCUGUUUGCCCAGCGUGGAGAGCACAGGUGACCACAGAUAGCUCAUCAGCACAGGUAACCAUGCAGGCUGAUAAUCGAAAAAGAGCACCAGCAUGGACCGUCAGGGAGGUACUGGAUCUGAUCGCUGUAUGGGGAGAGGAUUCAGUGCUUGCAGAACUUCGUUCUAAAAGACGAAAUGCAAAAACUUUUGAAAAAUCUCCAAGGGCAUGAUGGAGAGAGGCCACAAUAGGGACUCUGAGCAGUGCCACGUGAAAGUCAAGGAGCUCAGACAAGCGUAUCAAAAAACAAAGGAGGCAAACGGUCGCUCCGGGUCAGAGCCGCGGACAUGCCGCUUCUACGCCGAGCUGCAUGCAAUUCUAGGGGGGGCUGCCACCACUACCCCACCUGUGAUCGUGGAUUCUGGGUCGGGGAUAGUCUCAUCAGCGACGCCUGAGGAUUCUGCCGAUGGGGGAGAGGAGGAGGAUGAGGAUGAGGAUGAGCUUGCAGAGAGCACACAGCACUCCGUUCUCCCCAACAGCCAGGAUCUUUUUCUCACCCUGACUGAAGUACCCUCCCAAGCCUCCCAAGCCAGUACCCAAGACUCUGACCCCAUGGAAGGGACCUCAGCAGCUGCAAAUUCCUCAAGCCUCCCUCCUCCAUCCCGAAGGUUAUCACAGAUAAGGCGUCGUAAGAAGAGAACGCGAGACGAGAUGUUUUCUGAAAUUAUGGAAUCCAGCCACAGUGACAGAGCUCAUCUGAAUGAGUGGAAGGAAACAGUUUCAAAGUAUAGGAAAGAAGCCAGUGAACGUGAGGACAGGAGGGACCAAUGUGAGGACAUGAGGGACCAACGUGAGGACAGGAGGGACCAACGUGAGGAGAGGAGGGACCAACGUGAGGAGAGGAGAGACGCUCGAGAUGAGAGGUGGCGGCAGGAAGACCAGAGGAGGCAGGAUGCAACGCUGGGGCUGCUGCGUGAGCAAACAGACAUGCUCCGGCAUCUGGUGGAGCUUCAGGAACGGCUGCUGGAAAACAGACUGCCGCUUCAGCCCCUGUUCCACCCUCCCCCCUCCCCAUGUUCCGUAUCCUCCUCACCCAGACGUGUAAGAACACGGGGGGGAGGCUCCGUACACCUUCCCAUUCCACCCCAGUAGACAGCCCAAGCAAAAGGCUGUCAUUUUUUUAACCUUUUCUUUGUGGCUUUUUCCUUCCCAGCAAUCCUCCUCCCAAAUACCACCCGGGUUCCCUCCCUCUUUUUCUAAUCUAUUAAUAAAGAAUAAAUGAUUUUUAAAUGAUAGUGACUUUAUUUGGUUUGAAAGAAAGCUGGGGGAAGGGGGAGGGUGGGUUCCUUACAGAAAAUGAGUCAAUAAAGGGGGCGGGUUUUCAUGAAGGAGAAACAAACAGAUAUUUCACACUGUAGCCUGGCCAGUCAUGAAACUGGUUUUUAAAGCUUCUCUGAUGC